UUCAAGCGAAAAGAGGCUGCUGUCAUGCAAAUAACAAUUAUAGUCUUCUACUUGACAGUCGUUGCACUCAUCGGAGCAAUUGGCACCAACUACCAAAAUGAUGAUCAUCUAAAACGGUUCAGCAGAUCACUGUUAUUCCCAGCAACAUCUCCGACUCGAGUGCAGUUCAUUGGCGGCAUUGGCAUUCCCGUGGAAGAUCUACCUUUUGAAUCAGUCACCUCCGGCUAUGUCCUUAAGACGGAGUACUUUCUGCCCACCACAGCUCAGGAAAUAACUAGAGUUUAUCUUAAACCACAGCCCAUUACGGAUAGAAAGAAUGACAACGAUGAGUCCAACUAUGGAUCUAUCUAUCGCUGGGUUAUCUAUCGAAGCAUCGAAAUGGUUUUACAGAACAUGGAUCUACCAGGACACAGCUGUCUUCUGCGUGUGAUCUGUGAGCACGCGGCGCAUCCUUUGACCCAUGAGAGUGGUUUACUUGGAGAGUUGCUCCACAUCGUUUUGACACCUUCCAGCUCAUCUGAUCACUAUGCUCUACAUACGGACCGGGAGUAUCUGGCUGCUGAGCGUUUCGGCAAACGCGGUGGAAAUUGUAAAGCUGCCUAUGGCCGAAAGUGUCCAAGAUCUCCCAUUGAACUGGUUACCAUGUUGUUGUGAUAUCAUAAAAAUCCAUUGUAGUUUAAGCUACCAUAUUGUGAUAAAAUCUUAUUAAAAA